AUGUCGAGCAAAGCUGUGAUAGCUGCCACAUCAACUAGUGAUACUGGAUCUGAUGUGAGCGCAUUUCCGAGGUCUAUGGUAGCAGGAUUUGUCAAACCUUCAAAUUAUGAAUUGUUCGCAGCAAACGGUUCGACAAUUACAACAUACGGAUGGGUCACUCUUCAGCCAGAGUUCGGAUUGCGACGUGCAUUUCCUUGGAGGUUCGUGAUUGCCAACGUCUCUCAACCAAUUAUAGGAGCAGACUUUCUAGCUCACUAUCGUCUACUGCCGGACUUGCAGAAGAAAAUCCUGAUGGAUGGCAAAACACAAAUUCAUGCUAAAGGAUCAGCUGAUGGCUCAGAAGCAAUCGAAUCUUUAAAAGUUCUGGCUAUAGAGAAUAAAUAUCAUAAAAUCUUAGCAGAAUUCCCAGAUCUCAUUAAAGCAACUCCUGGUGCUCGAGUGGCAAAACAUUCAACAGAGCACUACAUUAAAACAACCCCAGGACCUCCGGUUACUUGUCGACCACGAAGACUGGCUCUCGAUAAACUAAAGGCAGCAAAAGCUGAGUUCAAUCUCUUGCUUCAGGAAGGAAUUAUUUGA